AUGUCUGCCGAAGUCGAAGUGAAUCCUUACGAGCUUCUGAAUGUCGAACUGGAGGCUGACGAGCGAACGAUACGAACAGCAUAUCGACAACGGUCGCUCAAGGUCCAUCCUGAUAGGAACCCUAAUAAUCCUGAUGCUGCACGAAAAUUCCACGAGCUGAACCAGGCUUAUGAAUUACUAUUGGAUCCCCUUCGGCGGCUAGCCCUCGAUGCAAAGCUGCGAGUAAAGGCAGCCAAAGCGGAGCGGUUCAAGUCUUUCGACACCAAACGCAAGGCAUUUGUUGAGGAGCUAGAGGAGAGGGAGAGGGCUUUCAAGAAAGCACGCAUGGAUAAGCAGAAAGCAGAAGUGGACCAAUGGGAAGCAAACGAAAAAAUCAAGGACGAAGGUAGAAGACUCAGGGAGGAGAAGGAAAAAGAAUUCCGACAACGCGAACAGAACGCGAAGAAGGUUGAUGAGGACGAGCCUCCUUCCAUCCAACCCAACGAUACGACCGUUCGAGUCAAAUUCUCGCUUUCUGGGCAUCCCGACUUGACCACUCCCGAAGCUCUUGCUGCCAUAUUUGCGCCUUUCGGUCCAACUGACACGGAAACGAUCGUGCUUUCAUUGAAAGCGACCAAGAAAGCCCCGUCGAAGCCGCCCAACGGCCGGCCGGAACGAGGUCUGAAAGGUAUAGAUAUCACCUGGGUAGGCGGGAAGGAACCGGAAAUUCUGGGUUGGUUGAAGAAGACGGGAAAGCUUGCUGCUCAACUGGACGUACCGUCAGAAGCCAGGCCGAACCCUGAACCACAGACUUUAAGUUCGACAAUGUUCUCGUCGUUUCCCGAGACGCUGCCCGAAACUGUACCAGAGAUUACCGUUUCGCCCGAUAUAGAUUAUGAAUCGUUGACUCUAAUGCGUAUGCGUCAAGCUGAACGCGAACGUCUAGAACGCGAGAUACUCGAGCUGGCUGGAAUCCUUAUUCUAGACUCAAAAGCGGAAGCGAAAGCCAUUCUUUCGCUUUUCAAGUUCAAGACCGAGGCGCUCCAGCAUGAUUCUCGUGUUGGUCGUGCCGGACUGACCAUAAGGUAUAACGACAUCGAAGAUCGUUGA